UGACCAAUUUUCCUACACACAUGCACUUAUAUAUACACCACAAAUCUUAAUGACACAUUAUACCAAUACAUAAUUUAGUUCAACAUAACAAGUUAGAGAAGCGCACCUCCAAUAGCACAACACCAUAAGAAGAUAUAUCCAGAUGUUGAAAUAGCGAUGCCUACUCGGCCUCGAGCCUCGCUAGGACUAGAAAAUGGAGAUCCAUCACCAAUUCCGAUGGUGCCACCAGGCAAGCCCAAGCCUAAGCCUGAUCCCAAGCCCAAGCCAGACCCCGAUCCAGACCCUGAACCUGAACCCGAGACGUUGUUGCUGCAAAUGCCUUUGCUGGACGGUUGGCCUCCUGACGCUCCUGCUGUUCAUUGUUGGAGCCACUGCAGGAAUUAUUUACCUUGUAUUUCAUCCCAAGCUUCCCAAAUAUUCAGUCGACAACCUUAGGGUAUCAGACCUGACACUCAAUUUCGACAUGACCCUUUCUGCAAGGUUCAAUGUUAGGAUCACCACUGACAACCCCAACAAGAAGAUUGGAAUCUACUACGAGAAGGGUAGCCGUCUGAGCGUAUGGUACAAAGACACCAACCUCUGCCAAGGAACCACCCCCAAAUUCUACCAGGGGCAUCAAAACAAGACGGUGCUGAAUGUCGCCUUAACAGGGCAGAAUCAGUAUGGGAAAACUCUGCUGAAUGCAUUUCAAGAGCAGCAGCAGACAGGCAGGGUCCCCCUCGAUCUUAAUAUAAAUGUGCCCGUCAGCGUCAAACUUGGAGCCCUCAAGCUUAGGAAGGUCAGGAUAUUGGGGACCUGCGUGUUGACCGUUGAUAGUCUUACUACUAAUAGUUUAAUCAGCAUUAAAGCUAGUAGCUGUCAUUUUGGACUCAAACUCUGAAUAAUUUCCUGUUCCAAUGUUCUGGGAAGAAAGAUAUUUUGUUAUUCUCUUUA